AUGAAGUCCGCAGUGCUCCUCUCAGCUCUUGUCCCCAGCGCGCUGGGCGCAACGAUCUACAUGGCUGGUGAUUCGACUAUGGCCAAGAAUGGCGGUGGAUCAGGCACGCAGGGCUGGGGUGAAUACGUCUCCCCCUACACCUCCCUAACGGUAUCAAACAAGGCCAUUGGCGGCCGCAGUGCACGCUCAUACACUCGCGAGGGCCGAUUCGACGCCAUUGCGGAUGUCGUGCAAUCCGGGGACUGGGUCGUCAUUGAAUUCGGCCACAACGACGGCGGUUCCCUAAGCAGCAGCGACAAUGGACGAACCGACUGCCCCGGCACGGGAAGCGAAACAUGCAGCACUACCUAUGACGGGGUUGCGGAGACGGUUCUCACCUUCGGCGCCUAUGUUGAAGCGGCUACAAAGAAGUACAAAGCCAAGGGCGCCAAUGUGAUCAUCUCUUCCCAGACUCCCAACAAUCUCUGGGAGACUGGAUCGUUCGUCUACUCUGAGCCUCGGUUCGUGGGAUAUGCUGAGACGGCUGCGGCCAAUGCUGGUGUUCCCUACAUCAACCACUUUGCGUAUGUCGCGGACCGCUUUGAGUCGCUGGGCGCUUCUACGGUGGACAGCUACUUCCCCAAUGAUCACACCCACACCAGUGCCGAUGGUGCGUCUGUUGUGUCUCAGGCAUUCUUCAAGGCUGUUGUCUGUGGAAAUGUGGCGCUCAAGAGUUCUCUGACUACCACCUCUUUCCCUGGUUCUUGUCUAUGA